AUCGCUGGACCACCGCCUCCUGCCCAACCGUCAGGAUUCAGAAAGCAAUCGCCAAGAACAUCGAAAACCAUUCCUGAAAACCGGCGUCCAAAUCUACCUCUCCGGUUGAUCCAAAUGGACUAACACUCGCAAGUCGCAACCAUCCCCGUUCCCUUCCUGCUGCUCCAUUGAUCCGAUGGCCGCCACGGCCUUCCGCUUCCACCCUGCCGCCUUCUUCUCAGCUCAUCCGGGCGAGGCAGGGGCCAAGAGGCCGCUCCACCAUUGCCCACCUCACAGGAUCCUUGUCCCAAGAAGAGCCUGCCUUCUCAGGGCUAAGUCAUCGAAUGGGCUACCACAGAUCGGCGCCUCGUUCGGCAACACCAAUGAGGGAAGUAGUUCCUGCAGAGGUGCUAGAUGGAAGGCCAGCCGGAGAUGGGCCACCGGAGCAGGGAGGGAGCACCGUCAGCAUCACCGUCGUCGGCGCCUCCGGCGACCUCGCCAAGAAGAAGAUCUUCCCCGCGCUCUUCGCCUUGUUCUACGAGGACUGCCUCCCAGAGUAUUCGGUUAUGCUCGUAGUAAGAUGAGUGAUGAAGAGCUCAGGACCAUGAUUAGUAGGACUCUAACAUGCCGAAUUGACAAAAGGAAGAACUGCGGUGGUAAAAUGGAACAGUUUCUGCAGAGGUGCUUCUAUCAAUCUGGGCAGUACAACACAGAGGAGGGGUUUGCUGAAUUAGACCGGAAGCUUAAAGAAAAAGAGGAAGGCAGGCUACCAAACAGGCUAUUUUACCUGUCCAUCCCUCCAAACAUAUUCGUCGAUGUGGUAAGAUCCGCUAGCCGCACCGCGUCUUCUUCAAGUGGAUGGACUAGAUUUAUAGUGGAGAAGCCAUUCGGUCGCGACUCGGAGUCCUCAGGGGAGCUCACUCGGUCCUUGAAGAAGUACUUGGCCGAGGAGCAGAUAUUCAGGAUUGACCAUUAUUUGGGCAAGGAGCUGGUUGAGAACCUCUCAGUCCUCCGUUUCUCCAACCUCGUCUUUGAACCACUGUGGUCGAGGAACUACAUCCGGAACGUGCAGCUCAUCUUCUCUGAAGAUUUCGGCACCGAGGGUCGAGGCGGCUACUUUGACAACUACGGGAUCAUCCGGGACAUCAUGCAGAACCACCUGCUGCAGAUCCUGGCCCUGUUCGCCAUGGAGACCCCGGUGAGCCUUGACGCCGAGGACAUCCGCAACGAGAAGGUGAAGGUGCUGCGGUCGAUGCGGCAGCUGAAGCUGGAGGACGUGGUGGUGGGGCAGUACAAGGGCCACACCAGGGGCGGCAAGUCCUUCCCCGGCUACGCCGACGACCCCACCGUGCCCAAGGGCAGCAUCACGCCCACCUUCGCCGCCGCCGCGCUCUUCAUCGACAACGCGCGCUGGGACGGCGUGCCGUUCCUCAUGAAAGCCGGCAAGGCGCUGCACACCCGGCGGGCGGAGAUCCGGGUGCAGUUCCGGCGGGUGCCGGGCAACCUGUACCGGCGGAACAUCGGGACGGACCUGGACACGGCGACCAACGAGCUGGUGCUCCGGGUGCAGCCCGACGAGGCGAUCUACCUCAAGAUCAACAACAAGGUGCCCGGGCUGGGCAUGCGGCUGGACCGCAGCAACCUCAACCUGCUCUACUCCGAGCGGUACCGCCGCGAGAUCCCGGACGCGUACGAGCGGCUGCUGCUGGACGCCAUCGAGGGCGAGCGCCGGCUCUUCAUCCGGAGCGACGAGCUCGACGCGGCGUGGGGCAUCUUCACGCCCGUGCUCAGGGAGCUGGAGGACAAGAGGGUGGCGCCGGAGCUCUACCCGUACGGCAGCAGGGGCCCCGUCGGCGCGCACUACCUCGCCGCCAACUACAACGUCAGGUGGGGCGACGUCACCGGCGACGACGGAUCCUUCUAGACUGCAAGAUCGAUCCAUUGGACACGCCGUGUGCAGUUGUGUGUGCGCAUUCAUCCUGUUACUUGGAGAUUCACAGAAUAAAAAUUAAAGUUGCUCCUCGCAAGAGAAAGGGGAAGAUUGUGAAUAAAGCAGAACUGCUCGGUAUCUUCAUUGUGUUCUAAAUUUCUAAUCUAGCAAGGGCUGUAAAUUAUCCUUAGUAGUGUAGUAGUCUGUGCUUUUAAAAACUCAUCCUUGAUGUGUACUUUGAUCUUGCAUUCUUGCU